UGUCAUGGUGUUAUCGCACAGUUUAAUUGUAUAUCCUUUUUCAUACAUUCCACUAAGGUAUUUGUUUCAUUUAUUUAUUGUGUCACAUUUGUAUAAUGCACCUAAAACAUGACAUUUGCAGCUGUAUAGCUGAGUCACAGGUAGGUUUGCUUUAAAAUGUGAAUUCGUUCAAAUUUCUCCCCUUCUUUUUUGCCGUCUUGGGUUUCUUUGGCAUUUCCCCAUGGAAAUAGACCUGCGAUCUGCCUGAUUAGCAGCAUGUAAACAGAGCAUCUCCUCUUCUGCAGGGAGAAUCAGGAUAUGUCCUAGGAGGCAUGGAGGUCAUUCCAGGGCAAAACGGAUUACCCGGACCACCUGGUUACAAGGGGCAGCCAGGAGUUCCCGGAGUGCCAGGACCACCGGGUUUGCCCGGACUCCCCGGACCGCAGGGACCACCUGGAUUGUCAGUCAAGGGUGAGCCAGGAGACCCUGGGGUCAGGGGACCUCGAGGGAAGAGCGGCGUCAAGGGAGAGAAAGGAGAAGCUGGAGAGUUGGGGAAAGCUGGCUUACCUGGCCCGAUAGGGCUGGAUGGUACUCCUGGAGCUUCUGGACCAAAAGGUGAAAAGGGAGAGGUAGGACUUGGCCUUUCAGGAACUCCUGGUUUAAAGGGGGCAGAAGGAGACAAGGGAGCGACAGGCCUUCCCGGAUCCCAAGGACAGAAGGGUGAACAAGGCAUGCCAGGCGCAGAAGGACCAACCGGCUUGAGGGGCAAAAAAGGCCAAGAUGGGGUCAAAGGAGAAAAGGGCGAGCGUGGAGAGGCAGGGGUGAAGGGUCUUCAAGGAAUUGCGGGUCUUCCAGGUCCCGUUGGGCCCAAAGGAGACCAAGGCACCCAAGGAUUUCCUGGUGCUCCAGCUAUGGGUGUGGUGGGACCUUCAGGCAAGAAAGGUGCCAGGGGGGAUUUGGGGCCAACUGGCCCCCCAGGUCCAAAAGGAGACCCAGGGGACCAAGGAGAAAAGGGGGAGAAGGGAAGCCCGGGAUUUGGCAUUCCAGGACAGCUGGGGCUGAAGGGCGAGCCAGGAGAAAGGGGAAACGUUGGCUUGUCCGGCAAGCCAGGGCAAAAGGGGGAAGCUGGUCCAAAGGGCCAAAAAGGUGAGCAAGGACCGUCCGGAAGACCUGGGGAGUCCGGCCUAAGAGGUAAAGAUGGGGAAGCAGGCCCUCCUGGUGAGACUGGAGAGAGAGGAAUUCGGGGUCCUUUGGGUCUGCCAGGACGUCCCGGAGAGCGAGGGAUGAAAGGAGAGGCUGGAGAAACGGGCAAGGAUGGAGCCGGCGGAGAGAAAGGAGACAAGGGCGAAUCCGGACAGCCUGGGCCCCCUGGAACUCCUGGAAAGACCGUUCUUCCUCUGAAAAGCAGCGUUGCCGUCAAAGGAGAGAAGGGAGACCCUGGGCCAGCUGGCAAAGGAACAGACAUCAAGGAUUUGGAAAGACUCUUCGAAGCUUAUGGCAUCAAGCUGGCGCUGUUGAAGGAGCUGUCUGACCUGCUCCUCCGGGACGGGGUCGAGCUGGUGAGCCAGCAAGUGGCCGGCUCCAGGAAGGGGAAGGGGAAGUCAGCCAAGAAGAAGCAAGGCUCUAAGCAGAUCACGGGUGAUGUGGUCCACCACAUAUGA